GCCGGGGACGGCGAAGAUGUCAGCUUCGUUAGUCUGCACCACUGUCCAGGCUGUGAGCAAGAGGAAGCUGCAGCCCACCCGGGCCGCCCUCACCCUGACACCAUCGGCAGUAAACAAGAUAAAACAGCUUCUUAAAGAUAAACCUGAGCAUGUAGGUGUAAAAGUUGGCGUCCGAACCAGGGGCUGUAACGGCCUUUCUUAUACUCUAGAAUAUACGAAGACAAAAGGAGGUUCUGAUGAAGAAGUCGUUCAGGACGGAGUCAGAGUGUUCAUCGAGAAGAAAGCCCAGCUAACACUCUUAGGAACAGAAAUGGACUAUGUUGAAGACAAAUUAUCCAGAGUUUGUGUUCAAUAACCCAAACAUCAAAGGAACUUGCAGCUGUGGAGAAAGCUUUAACAUUUGAAUCCUCAGGACACC